AUGUCUCUCAAGAACGAUGCAUUCCCUUCCUCUGCAGCCUUCGACGUUAUCGCCUCUUCCCUCGAAUCAUCCCCCACCGACCGCGCCGACGCCAUCAAACAAGGCAACGCCGUCUUCGCCUUCACUCUCAAGAACAAAGCGGGCGAAACAGCCGAUUGGCACAUCGAUUUGAAAAAGGAAGGGAAGGUCGGAACAGGGCUUGGAGAAAAACCAACAGUAACUUUGAGUCUGAGUGAUGAGGAUUUCGGAAAGUUGGUAGCGGGAAAGGCGAAUGCUCAGAGACUUUUUAUGGGGGGAAAGUUGAAAGUUAAGGGAGAUGUGAUGAAGGCGACGAAGAUGGAACCGAUUUUGAAGAAGGCGCAAGGAGGUGUGAAGGCGAAGUUGUAG